GUGCGCUCGCGGAUUCAGUCGCAGUUUGCGAUGAUUCGAAGACAUCAGUCGCUGUUGGACGCGUACGCCGGCGACGGGUGGCGCGGGGCGGCUUCGCAGAAACCGAAACCGCUCGGCGAGCUGGCGUUGGCGCGAGAAAAGAUUUUUAAGGGUAAAGUGAAGAUCAGAGAGUUGUUUAAGGGGUUAGAGUUCGAUCCGAACGAGCGCGAGAUCACGACGGUGGAGGAUGAGCUCGGGGAGACGGACGCGGCGGAUAUAUUUUGUAGCAAGUGCGCGAUGGCGGACGACAGGGAGGAGGACGAUAUUUUGCUUUGCGAUGGGUUUUGCGAUCGGGCGUACCAUCAGUCGUGCGUGGUGCCUGCGGUGAAGACGGAAGACAUUCCACCGGAUGACGAAGGUUGGCUGUGCCCGCUGUGCGACGCGCGAGUGGACGUCAUUUACGUUCUCAACGACGAAUACGAACAAGACUUGGGGCAAAAGUGCGUCGCCGAGGACGUGUUCAAGGCUGAGGCUGAGAUGCAGGAGAAGGGCAUCGUUCCCGGAACCGCGCAGUUUGCGCACGCGCAUGAAGAGGCAUGGCCGAGUGAUGAAAGCGAGGACGAAGACUUCGAUCACGGACGCGCGAGCGACGACGGGCGUGAUGACGAAAACGAGGCGCUGAGCGGUAGCGCGCGCUCGUCGAGCGAAGAGUCGAGCAGCGAAUCAGAGUCCGAUCUAAUCAUCGAAGGCCCGCGGCGGCGAACUAAGGUGGAUUACGUCAAAUUAAACAGCGACAUGUUCGGCGACGACGAGGCUUACGAAGGCGAAGCCGAAGAGCUCGGAUGGAAAAGGUCCAACAAGACAAAGGCGGAGAUGCUCGCGGCGCUGCAAAAUAAAAACGUCGGCUCCAACGCCGCGACUUCUUCGCCGAAAACGGGCGACAAGAAGAGACGGAAGGAUAACUGCAACGAUAACGGCACCGCGGAGAAACGCCAUCGCGCGAGAGCGCGCUUUAGCUCGGAACAAAAGGCUACGCUCGAGCGUUUAUUCCAAACCGGCACCCGCGUGCCGAAGUCUUCAGCCCUGGCCGAAAUCGCCGCCGACGUCGGCGCGAGUUCGCCGUCUUCCAUACGCAUCUGGUUCAUGAACCGCAGACGAAAAGAUCGCACCUAG